ACUAGGAGGCAGUAGACGUCUUCAUGUGUGACACUGAUACUCUGUCGCUCCUCCCUUGAAGUGGGCUGUAACCAGCUCGUCGUCCUCCUCGUUUGCUCAAUUUUUUUUUUUUUUUUUGGUUGCUGGAGUCUCUCUCACGACCCGUGCGUCUGUGUGUGAGUGUGUAUGUGUGUUUGUAGUUUGACUUCUUUUCUACUGCUGUUCUUCUUUACAAACCGACCGCGGUUUCUCUCGGAUAUAUUAUACGUCGAAGCUGUUUCUUACUUUGUUACUUUGUGCGUGAAACUCGAAGUGAGAGCGAAAGAAAACAAGAGCUAAAAAGAAGAAGAAGAAGAAGAAGAAGAAGAAGAAGAAACAAACCUGGAGGAGGAAAAGGGCGUUCAUACUUCGAAGUAACCAUGGAAGUUCCUGGUAUGCAGAGUUCACAGAUUGAUCCAGAGGAGUUGUUCACCAAAUUGGAUCGCAUCGGAAAAGGAUCUUUUGGAGAGGUGUUUAAAGGUAUUGAUAAUCGCACUCAGAGCGUUGUUGCUAUAAAGACCAUUGACCUGGAGGAGGCUGAGGAUGAGAUUGAGGACAUCCAGCAGGAGAUCACAGUACUCAGUCAGUGUGACAGUCCCUACAUCACCAAGUACUACGGUUCCUACCUGAAGGGCAGUAAACUAUGGAUCAUCAUGGAGUAUCUUGGUGGGGGUUCAGCGCUGGACUUGCUGCGGGCGGGUCCGUUUGAUGAGUCUCAGAUUGCCACUAUGCUGAAGGAGAUCCUGAAAGGGCUUGACUACCUGCACUCUGAGAAAAAGAUCCACAGAGACAUCAAAGCUGCCAACGUCCUGCUGUCGGAGCACGGUCAGGUGAAGCUGGCGGACUUCGGGGUGGCUGGUCAGCUCACAGACACGCAGAUCAAGAGGGAAACCUUUGUGGGAACACCGUUCUGGAUGGCUCCUGAGGUCAUCCAGCAGUCCGCCUAUGACUCAAAGGCCGACAUUUGGUCACUGGGCAUCACUGCCAUUGAGCUCGCCAAGGGUGAACCUCCGAACUCGGAGAUGCAUCCGAUGCGAGUGCUGUUCCACAUUCCCAAGGCUUCCCCGCCGACGCUGACAGGAGAUUUCUCCAAGAGCUUCAAAGAGUUCACCGAGGCCUGCCUCAACAAGGACCCUACCUUUCGUCCCACAGCCAAGGAGCUCCUCAAACACAAGUUCAUUGUCAAACACUGUAAGAAGACAUCCUACCUCAGCGAGUUGAUUGACAGGUACAGGAGGUGGAAGGAGGAGGGGCAUAGCGACAGCAGCUCUGAUGACUCUGACAGUGAGUCCAGUAACAAAGAAAACAACGACUGUCCUGAGUGGUCCUUCACCACAGUGCGUAAGAAGAAGACAGAAGGCAGGAAGGUCCUCAAUGGAACGGCUCAGGAUCAGAUAAAUAAAUCUGCCAGUCUGACCACAGUCAUCUCUCCUGUCUUCACUGAGCUGAAACAGCAGCACAAGGAGCACUCUGAACAGCGAUUGGCUAUUGAGGAGCUGGAACGCAACAUCCGAUUGGCUGAAGAGAUCUGUCCAGGUAUCACGGACAGGAUGGUCACACAUAUUAUUGCCAGAUUCGCAGCCAAGUGAAGGACGGACAGAUCAACAAAGAAAGUACAUACUGUAAAAUGAAGACGAGCUGUCUCCAUACAGUGACGCUGCUGGAUGAUUGGAAAUCGAGGAGACUUGCUGUGCGAUGUCUCCUUACUGUACACAGUCUCUCACACACACACACAUGCACACACACACUACUAAUGUAAUAUAUACACUAUAUAUUGUAUUGUUUUUUCACUGCUGCUGGUUGAAGACCAUUUUUUCUCCCCAUGCUGGAUUUGAAAGACAGCUGCAUAUUUGAAUCAGAAACUGCAUUUUUGAAAGUACAGUCUGAGUUGUUAGUUGGAUUUAUGGGUUUCAUUUCCCCUUUUUAGGGUCAUGAACAUCUCUCUGCUUGUCUUUUUUUUGUAAUCACUUCUUCAGCUUCAUUUUUUAUUUGUGUAAAAUAAAGCAGACUUAAUUCACUUCUACAUCUGGAAGUAAGUAAAGUUUUCUAAUCUUCCUAAACUUCCAAAAUUACCAUAAUGUGCCUUAAUUCUUGAAGAAAUCAGUCAUUUUCUAAAAGAUAUCACUUUUUUCUUUCUUUCUUUCUUUUUUUUUUUUACCAGAGAUGUCAUGUAUUUGUUGAAGCCACACAGAAAGGGAUUCUUGUCCAUCAGCAGUGCGAUGUUUUGUUUCACGACUUGCCUUGAUUUUGUAGAUGACUUAAUCAUUUGUCCAGUAGCACUUGAGACGCAUUGUAUGCCAAUAUUACAUUUGUUUUGUUUUCUUCAGUAAUGCUUUUCAAUUACAGUUCCCUGAUCUUGGAAUUCAGUCAAGUUUAGAGAUACCCUUCUAAGUGUGGAAACUUUGAGGGUUCAGUUUCUUUAUUUUAGCUUUGAUUUAACCCCAGUCCUCAGCUUGACUCACACAUUCAGACAGUAACUAACUUGGACAUUUUGAAACAUUUUUCUUUUCUGUGUGGAAAAACAUGUGAAAUAUUUUCUAAACCCAUAUUGGGCUAAUUUUUGGCAACUGCCAGACUUUAGCCCAGUUCAGUAGUUAGUAGCUUGCCGUUCAGUAAGCUGGCUAGCUAACUGUUGCUGUAGCCGUUGCCAAAAUAUUUAGCCAAAUGUAACAAUUAAGUAUGUUUAAAAUCCUCAAGUUUAUUAAACUGUUGCCACAGACAAUAACUUUAUAGCCUAAAUGCUGAAAAUGGCUGCCAUUUGAAUUGAAGGUUAGCGUAGGUACUUCUUUGGUAACAGUAGCAUCAAAAUGUCGUCAGAAUUAGUUUAAUGAAAUGGUAAAAAAAUCCUGACAUUGCAUUGUGUGUGAAAGUAAUUUUACUGUUGGUGAAGACUGUUUUUGUUUAAAUAAGAUUUCAGUGAUGAACAACUCUGCUAGCAAGGCACAAAAAUGUCUUGUACUCGCUUGUGUAAAGUUUAUCAUGUGUCAAGCUAGUGAAAACAGUUGUCAACUUGUCUAAAGGCUCAUGUGUAGAUGUGCUUUUUAAUUGGAAAGUAGCACAAAUUCUUUUUUAAGAGCAUGAAGGGAGCUGUAAUCAAAGGUAUUACUGACCGUUUGUACCAAAGACACUAUAAAACUUGGUCAUUGUAUAUUUUUUUGUCAUUUUUAUAUUAUAAGGGAUACGACUGUUUGUUGAGGGGGGAAGUGUAAAAUGAAAGCUGUACGAUUUUGCAGAUGUUUUCUUUUUUUGUAGCGGGACUUAGUUUUAUGAAUAAAUAU